CAAGCCCUGGACCGGGAUGAUACAGCCAGAGGAGGCGCGGCCGGGGGUGGAGGAGGAGGCGCGGGCGGGGGUGGAGGAGGAGGCGCGGCCGGGGGUGGAGGAGGAGGAGGCGCAGCCGAGGGAGGACGUGGGGAGCGGCGCGGCCAACCUGAUGUUCCCGACGGCGAGCCCCCCGCCGCCGGCCGCGCACAACGCCACGACGGAGGCCGCCGAGGGCACCGGCUCCUUCGCGUUCCCGUCGCACAUCUCGCUGGCCGAGAAGGAGGAACCCCUGCACAGCGUGCGCACAGAGGGCGGGUGCGCGCUCAGCAAGGGCAUGGUCCAGUUCAACGGGUCGUGCAAGCGGUUGCUGGCGCGCAACACGUGCGCCGAGGACGAGUGGCUGGUGCUGCUGGAGGGCGUGGCGCAGUGCGCGCGGCGGCCGUGCCCCUGGGGCAUGAUUCCCUUCGAGGAGCACUGCGUGGACCCCAUCGACCUCUCGGUGUGCGACAGAGGUCAGGUCCUGUACAUCGACUUCAGCGGCAGGUCGGUGUGCGACUGCGACGCGGGCUUCCUGUACAACCCGUGGAGCGGCAACUGCAACGCGCUCCACGAGAAGGGCUCCUGCGGCUUCGGCGAGUACCUGGAUGUGUCUGCGAGCGGCAUGGUGGAGUGCGUGCCCAACCCCUGCAUAUCGGACGGCUAUGUGAAGGCGGGGAAGAAGUGCUACCGCAAGAUGUACGGGGGCUUUUGCGAGGACGCCAACCUACGGUUCCACAACAACAACAACACGGCCGAGUGCCUCAAAGUGGCGCUGCACAACAUCCUGGACGUGCCCGAGCUACGCGCGUGCCCGGCCGGCUCCAUCAGGGACUACCUAAACGUGUGCCGCAAGACCUUCCACUUCUCCACGCUCUCCUCGUACCCCAUUAUGUACGGCGGCUGCCCAGGGGGCUUCGUGCUCGACCCCAGCGGCAUCUGUAGGAAGAUCAGCACGCUCUUCGGGAGGUAACGGCGGGCGCGGCCUUAGGUACUCUCUUGGCCACAAGUUAAACCGAGGGAGAGAACCUGUACUUUCCUUCUCUAUUAUUAUUAUUAUCUUCUGCGUUAGUAUUUUUCCCAGGAGCACAUUUUAUAGUUAAAGUCAAACACGUCUUGUAGUUUGAAUGCGGCGGCAGCAGAGGGCUACGAGAGCCUUAGGAGGUUUGUCAAGAAUGAGUCUUCCACGCCCGGUGAAUGUUGUUGUGUGAAAGUAAACAAAGACAUUUUUAUUUGUUAUAAUUUCCAGUAUUUGAUAUAUAUACAUUAUUAAUCUGUGAUACUAUUUAAGUGGUUUAUAUUAAAUAUAAAUAUAUAAUUAAA